AUGUUUCUCAGUGUGCUAGCUCAUCAUAAAAAAAAUCGUGUUGUGAAAUUUGAUUUCAAACGAUCCGGUCAAACAAUAAGCAAAUUCUUCCAUAAUGUACUACGUGCCGUUCUGCGUUUGCAUCCCCUCCUCUGUGCCCAAAGCAAUGCAGUAACUGAUUCAUGCACCGACUGGAGAUGGAGAUGGUUUAAGGGGUGCUUAGGGGCCUUGGAUGGAACCUACAUUCCUGUUGGUGUUCCUGCACGUCUACAUCCACGAUAUCGCAAUAGAAAAAGUCGUGUUUCUGUUAAUGUCCUUGGGGUUUGCACGCAAGAAAUGAAUUUUUCCUAUGUUCUGACCGGUUGGGAAGGAUCUGCGGCAGACAGUAGGGUUUUACGAGACGCCGUUCAUCGCCCAGGGGGGCUUCGUGUACCAACAGGGAACUAUUACCUAUGUGAUGGAGGAUACACAAAUGGCCCCGGUUUCCUGGCACCGUAUAGAGGUGUCCGGUAUCAUUUAGAUGAGUUCGGUGAAGGUAACAGAUUGCCUAGAAACCAUAGAGAGUUGUUUAACCUACGACAUGCCCGAGCGCGGAAUGUAAUUGAGCGAGCUUUUGGAGUAUUAAAGAUGCGAUGGGCUGUCCUUAGGAGCAAAACUUAUUUUGACAUACGCACUCAAAAUAAAAUUAUACUUGCGUGUUGCCUUCUUCAGAAUUUUAUCCGUAUGACCAUGCAUGUGGACCCAAUGGAAAAUGAAGCGGCCAAUAUGAUGAAUCAUCCGACAAAUCCCGAGGCAGAAAACCCCUUUGAUUAUGUUGACGUUGUUGAGCCAAGCACCGAAUGGACAGAAAUGCGCGAAGAUUUAGCUAUGUCAAUUGGGGGGCGCAAUUCGCAGCCCAGUGCACAACGCCGAGUUUGGAAUGCAGCUGAAGAAAGAGCAUUGAUUGAUGGUUUGCGGGAUCUUGUCACGCGCGGCUGGAGAUGCGACAACGGAUUUCGCAAUGGGUACACCGGCAUAUUGGAACAACAUAUUCGACAAAUAUUUCCGGGUACUACCAUAAAAGCCGAACCUCACAUAUCAUCAAAGAUUACGGUUUGGAAGAAAAAUUAUGGUUUAGUUGCAGACAUGCUUGGUACUUCGGGGUUUGAAUGGAAUGACACUGGGAAAAUGAUUACUGUGAAGGAGGAGGCGGUGUGGCAAGCCUAUAGCACGGCUCACCCGAAGGUGAAAUCCUUGCGUUAUAAAAGUUGGCCAUAUUAUGCGGAUUGGGUUGAAAUUUUCGGGAAGGACCGGGCAACAGGAGAAGGGGCACUAGGUUUCACUGACGCGGUGAAUGAUGUCUUAAAUGAUACUAACGUCGAAGUACCGAGCCCUAUUCCCACUGAGGACGCAGUCCCGGUUCAAUCUGAUUACCCUCAUACUAACUUCGACUCGUUUUCGGCUCAAGCAGGUGAGAGUAGUGCAUCCGGUAAGUCUAAGCGUGAUGGAAAAAGAAAACGUAACACUGAGGCCGAGGAUACAAUAUUAGGACUACUUUCAUCUGUUUGCCAAGAGACAAACAAUCGUCUCUCAGAGUUGUCUACACGUCUUGGUUACCAAGUUGAUGCCAAAGAGCAGCGCAUCGCCGUGUAUGAUGCACUAAAAAACAUUCCAGACCUAACCACGGAUGAAAGGGUAGGGGUGGCGCGGUACUUAAGCAAAAAUAUUGACGAGAUGGAACUUUUUUUCAGCCUGGACGAUGAUGCAAAAAGGUCGAUGGUGCAGCAAAUAUUGAGCGGGUCUAAGUUUUCAGGGUAA